CCUCUUAUCUGCCUAAUAUGCAUGAGAAAACUCGUGAUUGCUUAAGGUUAGCGUAGCCAAUUUCUAUACAGCUAUUGUGCCCUCGAGACUCGUUUGCGUCACGUGUAAACACUCCGUGGCUACUUUGACGCUUUAGUACUAACACGCUUUGUAUAGCUAUAUAUUAGCUGUAGUUGACAAAAAAGUAGUAUACGUGCAUUGUGAACUUUAAUCCUUCGAUUGAUUAAAAAAGGUCAAAAUGUUUAAAACUUUCGACCCCGUGAAGAGCUUAUUGACGUUGGACGACGUAUGCAUCGACAACAUUGUAUUCAAGUUACAUUACAAGGCAACCUUCGUCCUGCUGAUGUCAUUUUCGAUACUGGUCAGUGCAACUCAGUACUUUGGCGAUCCCAUCAACUGUCUAGCGGAUGUGAUUCCACCGAAGAUAAUGAACACUUACUGCUGGAUCCACUCCACCUUCACGUUACCAGAAAAAAAUGGAAUCCCCGGCAGGAGUGUCGUCCAACCCGGUGUUUCGAUCCACGUGGAAGACAGCGACCAAGUCAAGCUGCACAAGAACUACCAGUGGGUGUGCUUCGCCCUUUUCUGCCAAGCCCUCCUGUUUUACGUGCCCCGUUACCUCUGGCUGAUAUCCGAGGGUGGCAAGAUCAAGAUGCUCAUGGCCUUCUCGAACAAGCCCUACACCAGUGACAAGGACAAGGCCAAGAACAACAAACUCCUCGUCGACUACUUCAUCGCGAACCUCCACUCCCACAACCUUUACGCCUACCGAUUCUUCGUCUGCGAGAUUCUCAACUUCCUCAACGUAUUUCUGCAAAUGUACGCGGUCGACGUAUUUUUGGGCGGCGAGUUCUCAAGGUACGGGCUGGAGGUCAUCAACUUCACCGAGAUGGACCAGUACGAGCGCAUCGACCCCAUGACCCGGGUGUUCCCGAAACUGACAAAGUGCACCUUCCCCAAGUACGGGCCGAGCGGUAGCGUGGAGAAGCACGACGGUCUCUGCGUGCUCGCGCUGAACGUCGUCAACGAGAAGGUGUACGUGUUCCUUUGGUUCUGGUUGUGGUUCCUGGCCGCCGUAAGCGCCGUGAACUUGCUUUACCGCGUGUGCGCGUGCACGGGAGUCAACUUCCGUAGGCAAAUAUUCCGGGCGCGUUCGAGGCUCAACGCCAAGCGCGAGGUGGAUGAGGUUUUCAACGGGUGUCGGAUCGGCGAUUGGUUCGUUCUCAGUCAGUUCAGCAAGAACGCCGAGCCCCUCACCUACAAGCAUCUCAUCACCGAUCUGGUCAAGGAGAUGCAGGCCGGUGAGUUCGUCUAGGGGACGAGCUAUGUAUUCGUGGGACCCGUGGACCUUUUUUUACAAAACCCCAUAACGGUCAUUGCGGGUGUUUUUUUUAUUUUUUUUUACUCCAAGUACAUACGUUUAUUCUAUGUGUGUGUGUGUGUUUGUGUGUUUACUGUGAUUUUCGCUUAACUUUCACAAGCUGUUAUUUUAU